AAAGCAAAAGGAAAUCCCAGGAAAAGUGCUCGCGCCAUGUAGACGGAGCUGCGCCCCCGCACCCCGUCCCCGCCCCGGCUCCGCGGCGGCCGGCUGGGGACCGGCGCCCGGGGUGCGGCCAUGAACGCGAGCCACGAGGGCGACGGCUUCCCGGGCUCGGUGCAAAUUCCAGGAGGCACCACGGUGCUGGUGGAGCUGACCCCGGACAUCCACAUCUGCGGCAUCUGUAAGCAGCAGUUCAACAACCUGGACGCCUUCGUGGCCCACAAGCAAAGCGGCUGCCAGCUGACCAGUACACCCGGGGCAGCCCCCAGCACGGUCCAGUUCGUGUCGGAGGAGACGGUGCCCACCGCGCAGACUCAAACCACCACGCGGACCAUAACUUCUGAGACGCAGACAAUAACAGUUUCAGCUCCGGAAUUUGUGUUUGAACAUGGCUACCAGACUUACCUGCCCACGGAAAGCAACGAAAGUCAGACGGCCACUGUCAUCUCUCUCCCUGCCAAGUCACGCACCAAAAAGCCCGCGACCCCGCCAGCUCAGAAGAGACUCACUUGCUGCUAUCCAGGUUGCCAAUUCAAGACUGCCUACGGCAUGAAAGACAUGGAGCGUCACCUGAAAAUCCACACGGGCGACAAGCCACACAAGUGCGAGGUCUGCGGCAAGUGCUUCAGCCGGAAGGACAAGCUGAAGACCCACGUGCGCUGCCACACGGGCGUGAAACCUUACAAGUGCAAGACGUGUGACUACGCAGCCGCCGACAGCAGCAGCCUCAACAAGCACCUGCGGAUCCACUCGGACGAGCGGCCCUUCAAGUGCCAGCUGUGCCCGUACGCCAGCCGCAACUCCAGCCAGCUCACCGUGCACCUGCGCUCCCACACCGCUUCUGAGCUAGAUAACGACGUCAAGUCACCUGACCUCUCUGCAGAAGAAGGUGCUGCUCCGAGAGCCCCCGCCGCCGCCCCCCCCUCGGAAUCCAAGGAGCCAGCAGCCACCCUGGGAGAAAGGACUUUCAACUGCUGCUAUCCAGGGUGUCACUUCAAAACCGUCCAUGGCAUGAAGGAUUUGGACCGCCAUCUGAGAACCCACACGGGUGACAAGCCGCACAAGUGUGGGUUCUGCGACAAGCGCUUCAGCCGGAAGGACAACCUGACCAUGCACGUGCGCUGCCACACGAGCGUGAAACCCCACAAGUGUCACCUGUGUGACUACGCGGCCGCCGACAGCAGCAGCCUCAAGAAGCACCUGCGGGUCCACUCGGACGAGCGGCCGUACAGGUGCCAGCUGUGCCCGUACGCCAGCCGCAACUCCAGCCAGCUCACCGUGCACCUGCGCUCCCACACGGGGGACACGCCCUUCCAGUGCUGGCUCUGUAGCGCCAAGUUCAAAAUCAGCUCGGACUUGAAGAGACACAUGAUCGUGCACUCGGGCGAGAAGCCGUUCAAGUGCGAGUUCUGCGACGUCCGCUGCACCAUGAAGGCGAACCUGAAGUCGCACGUGCGCAUCAAGCACACCUUCAAGUGCCCGCACUGCGCCUUCCAGGGCCGCAACCGGGCCGAGCUCCUGGAGCACAGCCGCCUGCACCAGGCCGAGCACCCGGAGAAGUGUCCCCAGUGCAGCUACUCCUGCGCCAGCGCCGCCGCCCUGCGCGUGCACAGCCGCGUGCACUGCCAGGACCGGCCCUUCAAGUGCGGCUUCUGCAGCUUCGACACGAAGCGGCCCAGCAGCCUGGCCAAGCACGUGGACAAGGCGCACAAGGGGGAGGCCAAGACGGAGAACAGGGCCCCCCGGGGCCGGGAAGGGCCCAAGGAGGCGGGUGGCUCCCAGCACGUGGCCAAGAUCGUGACCCACCGGGCGUUCCGCUGUGACAUUUGCGGGGCCUCCUUCGUCAGGGACGACUCCCUGAGGUGCCACCGCAAGCAGCACAGUGACCAGGGUGACGGCAAGAACUCAAGCCUGGUCACCUUUCCCCCGGAAAGCGGUGCCUCUCCGGGACAGCCCAGCCCCCUGGUCUCUGUGGGGCAGCUCGAAGGUGCCCAGGAGCCCAGCCUCGACCUCUAAGGGCAGCCACGGCGGGUUCUCGGGGACCCAGUGAGGACACAAGGGCAACUUUGGCCCUCCUGCAGCUGCCAACCCCCGUUUCCCCCGCCACCCGUCCCCCAGGUCCUUGGUGGCAUUUGGCGGACGUGUGAAGGGAGCAGACACCAGAGGAAUGCCAUGGUGCGACUCGUCCACAAGCCUGGCUCCUCAAAGGCGGGCACUGGGCUGUGCGCCACGGAAAGCUUUUCCACGGGGACCGUUGGUGCUCGGAUGGAUCUGUUGAUGCUGGAGUUGCUGAACUAGUUGGCAAGUUAGAACCCUAAAGCUAAACUGAUCUGUAUAGCAGGUCAGGGUCUGUGUGUGGUGGGGGGUGUCUGGGGUACCAGGGAAAAGUUCUAUUUCUUCACCUGGGUAGUGGUGGGUAUAGUAUGUUCACCUUAUAUAAUUGUGUGGUUUCUCUUCUCUUUUACAAUUAAAAAAAAAAAAGACAAACACA